AUGGAUGGCUAUUAUGACGACGAGGAAGCUAUCAAUGCUGCUUUAGUUGCUUCUUUAAAUGAUUCCAUCAAACCACACUCCAAAUCUUUGGCUAUGGAGAGGGACGUGGUGGAUCUUACUGGUGAUCCAGAGGGCAAUUCUCCCAAUGAUGCCGUAGAGGAUUCAGUAAGCUCGGUUGACGAUCCAGACCUGCGAAGGGCAAUUGCGCUAUCAUUGCAGGAUCAAGCUCCCGUACUAUCACCACCUCAACGUCACCAUGCCAGAGAAGUCCAACGAGAGAAUCACGUUAUAAGUGAAGACAAUAAGGGCUUCAGUCCUUCAUCGAAAGAGCACUCCUCCGGGGCUUUCUCUCUUCGUGGGAUGGAUCGAAAAAAGCAGGAAGAAGAAAGACUUGCGAGGCUGGCAAAGAAGAGAAAAGCGGAGGAUGUCUCUUUGGCAGAAUCACCGGCAAGACAAGCCAAAGUGGUGAAAUCUGCGCCAAUCGACCUGACUGAAGAAUCUAACCAACAGAACCAUGCUAAAGCGGUGGCAGCAUCAAAGCCACUUGCUUCAAAUACACCUGAUCCUUCCUUACAGUUUCCCAACGGUGCCAUAAAGAAGACGUGGGCCUUCAACUAUCCGCGAGAGGACGAUAUCAAAUUUGAAGAGGUAGUCCAGAAAGAUGAUCUUGAACUUGCAGUUCUGAGCUCAUUUCAAUGGAAUAUGGAUUGGCUAUUUACAAAGUUCAAUGUUAAGAAAACUAGAUUUCUUCUCGUUAUGGGACAUAAGUAUGAGGAAGAGAAACAACAAACACAAAAGGACUUCGCAGAUAUCCCCAGUAUUCGCCUGUGCUUUGUGCCGAUGGGUCCACAGGUUAAUUAUCUCCCUCGAAAAAUUCUGGGCUCCCAGGAGAAGACGUCGACGCCUUUCUUUGAUGAAUUAGUCUACUUUCUAAAGGCAUCAGCCUUACACGAAAAAAUCAUUGCAAAGCUUUCCGAAUUUGAUUUUGGCAAGACGGCAGGUUUUGCGUUCGUCCACACAAUAGGCGGCUCCCAUACGGGGUCAGAUUGGGGCAAAACCGGAGUCUGUGGGCUAGGAAAAGCAGUUACAAUGCUGGGACUCCAAACGCCCCAACCCCUGAAGUUGGAUUAUGUUACAUCGUCUUUGGGCUCAUUGAACGAUCAAUUUAUGCGAAGCAUGUAUCUGGCUGCUCAAGGUGAUAAUGGGCUAAAAGAGCUCACUUUACGCACGUCUAAGACGUUUCCAAGCGAUAAAUGGGGCGUCACCGUAAAAAAGGCGGACGGCGCAGAAUGGAAAGAUAGGUUCCUUAUUUACUUCCCAUCGUUAAAAACGGUGCAAGGGUCCAGGGCCCGUCCAUCAGGCGCUGGCACCAUUUGCUUCCAAUCAAAGUGGUAUAACCGGGCGGAAUUUCCACGCCAUACAUUAAGAGAUAGCUUGAGCCGCCGACACGGCAUUUUGAUGCAUAGCAAGACAAUCUUUGUGAGGCCAGACAAUGGUAAAAUCAUUGGUGACGCAAAUACAACUGCAUAUCAGGGCUGGACAUACGUCGGAAGUGCGAACUUAUCAGAGAGCGCAUGGGGCCGCCUAGUUAUUGACCGUUCAACCACCAAGCCUAAACUCAAUUGCAGGAAUUGGGAAUGCGGUGUCAUAAUUCCGAUUCGAGAUGGGAAGCCAAGUACAACUGAAGAGGAUGUCAGGCAGAGUAGUGAUGAUGAUAUCGAUAGAAUAUUCGGGGGCAUUGUACCGGUUCCGAUGAAAGUCCCUGCACCUAAGUAUGGUCCUGGCAAUGGACCGUGGUUUUAUCUUGAGGAUUUCCAAGUUGAGUAG